CGGUUUAAAUCGCGAAUGUCGCCCAUUGAACUGCACAAAAGAGGCGGGAAACCGGUUUUUCUCCCAAAAGUCCAAGACGGCAGCACCGAGAGCCGCAGCACCACAGCAGUGGAUUCGCGGCGGAGGGAGGAGUUGUCUGUAGGACGUACUCGCGGGAGGACGGACGGAUCUUGGCUGUCGCCGAUGCCGGACGGGCAUGCGUUUGCAGCACGCGGGACAGUGAUGGCGAAGCAGGAGGGCGGCAGCCUGUCCGGGCUGUACGUGUUCGUGGCGUCGUACGUGGUGCUGUUCGCCAUCGCCGGCGUGCUCCUCUUCGGGCCCAGCAUCUUCCCCAGGUCGGAGCUGCUGGUGGACGGCCUGCUCGGACACGAGGCUCUCGGACUGGACGCCGAGAUGGACUGCAACUCGCUGCGAAACGUCACCGACGUCAAAUUCGUGAACAACGGCUGGACCAAGACGGUCUACAGCGGCUUCUACUUGGGCACCCCGAUCGCCAUCAAGACGGUCAACCCCAAAGGAAUCUCUUUACAGGAGUGUCUCGACAGGGGUGAAAAAGACAAAAACGUCUGCUACCAGAGGUCUGCGUCCAAGAUCAUCAACGAGACGCUGCUGCUCAGACAACUAGUCCACGAGAACAUCAUCAAGGUGCUGGGUUCGUGCAUCAUGCCUGCUCAAUCUGGCUCCAACAGCUACGUUGCCCUGGUGACGGAGUUGGGAGAGCCGCUGGACGCGGUGCGGCUGCUGCAGCUGCCGUGGGAGGACAGACUCCGGCUGGCACUCGGAAUGGCCAGGAUUCUGUACCUGCUCGCACACUCGCCCCUCGGAUCUCUGGCGAUGAACGACUUUCGUCACCAGCAAUUUGUGAUAGUCAACGGCGAACUCAAACUCUCCGACGUUGACGACGUUGGCUUGGAAGAGCCGUUUUGCGUGAAGAACGAGGACUGCGUGAAGAUGCUGCCGCUGCAGCUGCGGAACGCGUCGUGGGCGGCGUCGGCGUCGUGUUCGCCGCAUUUGCGCUGCGUCGGCCACAACGAACGCGUCAACGUGCUGCGCGCCGGCAAGCAAGUCAUCCAACAGUUCCUGCCGUUGGGCGCGCCGGCCGGGCUGCGGCCGCAGAUCCUCAACCUGCUCAAGGGAUACAGGGACGCCUCUUGGAACUCGGCCAGGAUCCUGCUCGAGACUGAGGCUCUCGUCGACGCGUUCGCCUCCGGCAAGUACCUCGAGACCAACGAAGUCUUCCGCGCCGACUCACUGCCAGGCUUCGUGAUUCACGAUGAAAAAGAUCUGCCCGGCCAAUUCGACUACCCGUGUCCAGGGUCGACCAAUAGUGUCAACUGCGUUCAUUCGGUGUACAGCUAUCAAGAAGCUGCCGAAAUUUGCUCGGCUGACCCGAGAUGCAAGGCCUUUGUUAUCGGCUUCGGCAAAACCUGGACUGAUCGGUCAUUGGCGAUUUUCAAGUCAGGAGUGGGCCCAGCGAGCACGAAGCGGGGCUUCCAACUGUUCGUGCGGCAACAAAGCCCGCGCUGAGCAAACUAAAUUCCUUGUGACAUCCUUUUCCGAGCCUGGCUGUGAUUUUCAACUUCCCUGAGAGGACCAAAGACUUGAUUUAUUCAAAAUCAUGAUUAAUAAACCAUGUUACUUAAUUAUAAGGAUUAAAUUAUUUGACAGAAUAGAAAAAACA